GGAGACGACCCACUAAAAUCAGCAACGUUAGGUUUAUUUUCUUUGAGUCUCAGGAUAGUUUUACGUAUGGGGCAGAAUCCCUUCCUACACCGCGCUGAACAUACUGACUUUGUUCAGUAAGCAAUGCAAAAUAAAUGUGAGCCAUGACGUUACCCCACAACUGCCAUAAGUUGUUCAGCACUGCCCAGGGAACAUGACCUUCGCACCAGAGCUGAGUUGUCCUGCAAUCCCACUUUCCAAUGGUCUGCAGAUUCCGUUAUUUGGAUUAGGCACAUCACAUCAUGGCGGAUACUCCCAUGAAGCCAUUGUGUAUGCACUCACCGAGUGUGGCGUGCGCCACAUUGACACCGCAAAGCGCUACGGCUGCGAGAAGAAACUGGGUGACGCUAUCACAGAAAGUGGGAUACCACGAAGUGAUCUGUGGGUCACCAAUAAACUGUGGCAUGGGGACUAUGGCUACAAAGCCGCAAAGAAGGCGUGCCUUGACUCCUGCUCGCAGAUGGGGGUGGAAUAUUUCGAUCUGUACCUGAUGCACUGGCCAGAGUCAUCGCGACCUGGUUGCUCCAACAGGGAGAUGAGAGCUGAGACUUGGAGAGCUUUGGAGGAACUGUAUAAAGAAGGGCUGUGCUGUGCUAUUGGAGUGAGCAACUUCUUGGUCCAUCACCUGGAAGAGUUAAAGGAAGACUGUACUGUUGUGCCACAUGUCAACCAGGUGGAGUACCAUCCUUUCCAGCAGCCCAAUCACCUGAUGGAGUACUGUCGUCAGGAGGGAAUUGUGUUUGAAGGGUACAGUCCGCUGGCCAAGGGUCAAGUCCUCAGCAACCCGACUGUUCUCCAGAUAGCAGAAAAACACAGCCGCACACCUGCUCAGAUCUGCAUCCGCUGGAGUAUUCAGAAUGGAGUUGUUACAAUCCCCAAAUCUACGAAAAAGAAGAGGAUUCAAGAAAACUGUCAAGUGUUUGGGUUUCAGCUGGAGGAGUCGGACAUGGCCGCUUUGGGAGGAUUACAUGAUGGAAGACAUGUGUCUUGGGAUCCAACAAAUGUGGAGUAACAUUAUGCGAGAAACCCCAGAGGUUGCUUGUCUUUGAACUAGUUUUGUCACUAGUCUAUAUCGACGACGUUUCCUUUACAGGAUAGUUCCGAUGCGGCCGGAGGUUCCGCCGGAUGUCCCUCACCUUCCGCUUUCUUUGUGUUGGCAUUCUAAACUCUGGUUGAUCAAACGUUGAGAAUGUAUUUGGAUUUUGAAUCCUGCUUCGUUCAUUAGUGUCUCACAUCUUGCUUGGAAAGAGACGGCCUAAUGUGAAGUUCAUUCAUCUCAGCUAGCACUACUGGAAAGUGCCGUACUUUGACUGCAAAUUAGCCUACGCCUAGAAGUCCCACGCACUGCAUUGGUUACACUUUAGAUGUAACAAUGCCUAUAUGUAUUGUCCCUGAUAAAUAAACUGAUUAAAUAAAAAUAAAUAUACAUAUUAACUUUUUUUGUACAAUGGAAGAAUGACUGAUGAUCAUAGGUAACAAAGAAAAAAGAUUGUUAGCAAAUCCUUUCUAAAUACUGAAUGUUUGCCUGUCACACUGAGGAUGUGAGGUCAUUCAUCUUUUUUUCAUUUUCAGGAUUUCCUAGAUGGGCAGGGCACUUUAAACAUACCCAUUCAUUGACUUUAAAAGCUUCAUUUGCAGGUAACUGUAUGUGUUGGGAGAAUAUGCAUGCAUGUAUUUUAUGUUUGCUAAUAUUAUGUCUUUUUUUUAGAUAGGGCUGGUGGGUAAAGUAGGAUGGUAUGGGUAUGGGACCGACUGAUAAAUGUUGCAAAUAUUGAUGUUAAAUAAAAACAACUCCGCACCAUGA